UAUUGUCACCUUCUCUUUCUUUGGAAACCAUUACCAACUACUUGCUCGUUAAAGAGCUUAUGGGUGUGUGUUCAUAAUUUUCCUUUAACUGAUCAGUUAUAGAAUUACUUGUUAUGGAUUUUUAUUUCUUUAAUUGAUCGCUAGCUACUAUAAUUAAUUGUUAAGGAUUCUCCUCUAUAUAUCGAGGGUUUGAUUCUUAAGGAUUUAGAGAUCAAGAGCAAAUGGCGAUGGUGAACUGUACAUGCCUGGUUUCCUGGCUUCUGUGCUUUGUUUCAGUCUCUGCAGAAUUUCAGCGAUUUGAACAACCUGUCAAACCAGAUGGAUCACUUAGCUUCUUGGUGGUCGGAGAUUGGGGAAGAAAAGGCUCUUUCAAUCAAACCAAAGUUGCUCACCAGAUGGGACGAGUAGCAGAAGAGUUGAACAUAGAUUUCGUGGUCUCGACCGGAGACAAUUUUUACAAUGACGGGCUCGCCAGCAUUUCGGAUCCUGCAUUUGAGGAGUCAUUUUCCGACAUUUACACAGCAAAAAGUUUAGAAAAGCAAUGGUACAGUGUUCUGGGCAAUCAUGAUUAUAGAGGAAACGUCACAGCUCAACUGAGUCAGAUCUUACAGAAGAAAGAUAAUCGAUGGCUUUGCCAAAGAUCUUUUAUUCUUAGUACAGAAAUUGCGGAUUUUUUCUUUGUGGAUACAACUCCCUUUGUGGACAAGUAUUUCAAGAAGCCAAGUCCCCAUAAGUAUGAUUGGAGAGGAGUUCUUCCCAGAAAGCAAUAUCUGAAAGGGCUUUUAGAGGAUCUUGAAUUGGCACUGGGAGAACCAAGUACAAAAUGGAAGAUUGUUGUAGGACACCAUACAGUCAGAAGUAUAGGGUAUCAUGGGGAUACUGAGGAGCUUGUAAAAAACCUUCUGCCCAUUCUACAGGCGCAUGAAGUCAAUAUGUAUUUAAACGGGCACGACCAUUGUUUGCAACAUAUCGAAAGCACAAAAAGCUCGCUGCAAUUUUUCACAAGUGGUGGCGGUUCCAAGGCAUGGAAAGGUAAAUCACCUUACAGGACAUGCGAAGACAACAAGUUCUACUAUGAUGGACAAGGUUUUAUGACUCUGGAACUCACUCGAGCAGAAGCAAAGAUUCGAUUUUAUGAUGUUUCUGGCCAAGUUCUGUAUAAUUUAGAUCUAUCCAAGAAUCAGUACUCUGCCAUGUAGAGUUUCUUUGGAAAUCACAAAAUAAUAAAGUUCCAUAUGAAUGUCAGAUCAA